AUGGCUCAGAGCACAACCCACGCAAACGGCGUACAAAACGGAAGCCCCGGACCAGCCCAGGACUUCAUCCGCGCUGCCAAGAAUGUCACAAAAUGCACCUUCAAAGAUGAGGAAGAAAGAAUGGACACGCUUUCUGCAGCAUAUGAAGUGAUAGGCAAAGUGGAGACUUCAUGGGACACCUACGUCCGCAUGCUACUGAAUCAGCCGGCAACUGUCGGUGUUCUUCUGACUCUGAAGGACUUGAGACUUUUUGAGAAGUGGGAAGAGAACGGAAACGUACCCAUGACCAGCUUGCAACUUGCAAACAUGGUCGGGAAAAUUGAGCCUGCCUUACUUCAUCGAUUUCUGCGCCUUCUAGCUGCAAACCAUCUCGUAGAACAAAUCCCGGUUGACAGAUUUCAACCGAGGGAACUCUGCAUGGAACUCAACAAGCCUUUCGGGGCGCUUCUCGAUUACUUCCGAUUCGCUACCCUUCCCAUGUACGGUGAAAUGCCAAGAAUAUUGGCUGAGAUGGGUUAUAGAAACCCUGUUGAUGGUACGGAUACCUUGUUUCAGAGAGUUAAGAACUACAAAGGAAGUCUGUGGUCCUACUUCAAAGAGCAUCCUGAAUUUGGCGAAUCCUUCAACAUGGUACAGAAGGUCUCGACAGGCAAAGAGCAACCGUGGAUGGAUAUGUACCCCCACAAGAAGCUGGUAGACGAGUCGGAUCCCAACCUACCUUUAUUUGUGGACGUUGGUGGGGGUAUCGGCCACGACUUAAUGAGGAUGUACAACGCCUAUCCCGAGACAGCUUCGAGACUUUACCUCGCAGAUCUUCCCGAGGUUGUUGCGUCGAAUAUUGUCCCCGAAAAUAUCAACAAGGUGGACUACAACUUCUUUACUCCUCAACCUGUGAAGCACGCCAAAGCCUACUACCUACAUCACAUCAUUCACGACUGGUCGGAUGAGCCUGCCCGGAAGAUUCUAGAAAUGCAGAAGAGCGCUAUGAAGCCUGGCUAUAGUAGACUUCUUAUCCAUGACCAGAUUCUCGAUGAUGAGAAAAGCCAGAUGUCUACAGCUGCCUUUGACAUUGCGAUGAUGGUCUACCUAGCGGGUCAAGAGCGCACCGAGAAACAGUGGUUGGCUUUGAUCGAUUCAAUUGGACUGAAGGUGGUUAAAUUGUGGAAGAAACCCCCUGACCACUUCAGCGUUAUUGAGCUUGAGUUGCCCUAA